AUUCAUUCUUUUCACACUCCAUCACAGUAGGUGGCGGUAUGCACCUUGGAAGUUGGUUCGCAACCCGCCAUUAAAAUCAAAGAAGAAGAAGAAGAAGAAGACUGCUGGUGAUCUGAAGGUUAUACGCAGGUUAUCUGAACAUGAACAGAGGGGCUGUGAUUUUGAUUCACCCAUUGAGCAGGAACCCUUUUUAAAAUCUCUACAUCAUGAUGGGCCAGUACCAGAGGGCCUUUUGGAAAAUGUCAGUCAGUUCAAGCAGUUGACAGCCGAUGGUGUCAUUCUAAAAACAUCAAGUAAAGAUGACUGCAUUGUCAUUGACGGGAACGUUGUUUCUGUGCAAAACAUAGUUAGUUAUGAAGACAAAGUGUAUGCCAUGUACCAGGAGUAUAGAGUCAAAGAAGCACUUUACAGUUACCCACUCGACUUAAGGGAACUGGGAACUGUUUGUGGCCACCGUACAAACGUGAAGAAACUGUAAAAGCAGUGAAAUCACAGGAACCACCUGGAGCACGUUGGAUUCCCUACAAAGUACCCAUCAUAUUAAGCAAAGUUACAUAUGAAGAAGACUCAAACUGCCAAAGGCUGAACGAUUCACAGAUUUGACAGAUUCAGAAGACUCUCCACUCAAACGUAGACGGAGAAGAAUGAAGAAGAAUGUAGCCCUUGAAGAGGAAGACAGUGAAAGUGAGAGGCAGCAAGCAUCCACACUACCCAGCCCUCCCAAAAUGGCUUCUGCAAAGAAGCGGCCUUAUUCACUCUCCCUGCUUUCACAGUUGUGCUCCGAAAGAAGGUGCAACAUAACACCUACCCCACUGUCAAGAAUUAGAGAGGAUGUUGAUUCUCUCGGUGGAGGAAAUAUCACACCAUCCCAGGUCAGAACUGACCAUUCCGGCAUAUUGAUUAAUAGAAGAACCACAGCUACACCAACUCAUGCCCAAAAUGCAGACUUCAGUGAAUCUGUGAUACGAACCAUCCUGACCAAUCAAGAAGUCAUCAAAGAUCAGAUGGGCAUUUUGGUGAAGCUAGUUCAUCAGUUAAAGGGGACUGCAGAAGAGAGCCCAUCUCUACCACCAGAAACCCUUCCGGUUGCAACCUUUCAAGAGCUUUUGGUUUUGGAGGGACAGCUGCUUGAUCAAGAAUUCAAGAAAACUCUGACGAUUACCUUGGCACAAAGAGGAGGUACAACCGUUAAGGACACUGUUUGGAGAAUGAUGGGAUACCUCUUGACCAAUGAACUUGCCAGACAGAUGAAUUGGAAAGGAGCCAAUGGCAAGGCAGCCUUCAAGAACCUUAUUCUAAGAGGGAUAAUCAAUGAGGCUGUACGAAGAAACCGACUUACAGCAACAUCCACAGAUCAAGAAACUGAACUGUGGAUUAAAAGGUUGCUCCAUCUUGCUGGAGACAGAGAUGGAGGACGCCGUGCCAGGCAGCGAACUGAUAACUGAUGUAACUGAGACAGUCUACUUGUUAGGAACAAUGCUAUAGUUCAGCAUACUUUCAGCUACAUUAAUUGUUGUGACAAAUUUAAAGUUUAAUUUGUUUUACUUCAAUGUGGCUUAGUUUUAUUCUGUUUUCAGCCAUUAUAAUGGGUGUUUUUUUCAUUGGAGCAACCAUCAAAAAAUAUAUUUAACGCUAGGCAGAGGUGCUGUCAUUUCGUGAACACAAGUUGAUUGUGACAGAGGACAUUAGACACUAUUUUUUCCCAAAACUUACAAGGGGGAAUGCAAACGUUCCACAGGAGCUCACAGACUGCAGAUGUGCCCACAGGCAUUUUUUGUUUAUUGCCCCAUUCAGAAAAUCUAACAUUUUCAAUUUAGCUCACUGUUCUUUAAUUUUAAUAAAUGGAAAUGCAUAACAAAA